AUGGUCAAAGUGGGAGCCUUCGGGGGAUAUUUAUAUGCUGGAUUGAGUCGAUCGACUGAGGCUGUUAAGUAUAUCAUGUAUGCGGAUGACACUAACAUUUUGGCGGAUGACGAUUCUAUAGGUGAAGUUGAAUGUAUUCUUAACUCAGAGCUCGUAAGAGUUCACUUGUGGAUGAUAAAUAAUAGACUGCAAAUUAAUUUAUCAAAAACGUAUGCCAUUCUUUUUGGUCCUAAAAUUGUCACCAAUUUACUAACAUUCUCUAUUUUCUACAAUAACAAUUUGGUGGGUCGAUUGGACAAAUUAGUCUUUCUAGGUGUUACAAUCUACUGA